UCAAUCUGCACUCUUCUCUGAGGUGUGCAUGUCGGAUGCAGAUUACCUCCACCAUUUUGAUCUCUGUGUACCUCCCUCUACCACCGUCUUCCCUAUAUAAAGCCCCUUCCUCCCAACCUUCCUUCCUCACUCUUGAGAUCUCAGGGAAGAGAAGAUAACAGCUCUUUGUGUAUUUGCCUUCUUGCACUCAGCCAUGUCUCUGCUCACAGAUCUUAUCAACCUCAACCUCUCUGACUGCACUGAGAAGAUCGUUGCUGAGUACAUAUGGGUUGGGGGGUCCGGCAUGGACAUCAGGAGCAAAGCAAGGACGCUCUCAGGCCCUGUCGGUGACCCCAGCCAGCUUCCAAGGUGGAACUAUGAUGGUUCGAGCACCGGCCAAGCUCCCGGACAGGAUAGCGAAGUGAUCCUCUAUCCUCAAGCUAUUUACAGGGACCCUUUCAGGAGGGGCAACGACAUCCUUGUUAUGUGUGAUUGCUACACACCACAAGGAGAGCCGAUUCCCACCAACAAAAGACACAAUGCUGCUAAGAUCUUCAGCAACCCUGCUGUUGCUGCAGAAGAAACCUGGUUUGGGAUCGAGCAAGAGUACACUCUCCUCCGGAAGGAUGUCAAGUGGCCUCUUGGGUGGCCCAUUGGAGGCUUUCCUGGCCCCCAGGGCCCUUACUACUGCUCCGCUGGUGCUGACAAAGCUUUUGGGCGUGACAUUGUUGAUGCCCACUACAAAGCCUGUCUCUAUGCGGGAAUCGACAUCAGUGGCAUCAAUGGAGAGGUCAUGCCGGGCCAGUGGGAGUUUCAAGUAGGGCCUUGUGUUGGCAUCUCGGCUGGUGACCAGCUGUGGGUUGCUCGCUACCUACUUGAGCGAAUUACCGAGAUCGCCGGAGUGGUGCUUUCCUUUGAUCCAAAGCCGAUUCAGGGUGAUUGGAAUGGUGCUGGUGCUCACACGAAUUACAGUACUAAGUCCAUGAGGAGUAAUGGAGGGUAUGAAGUCAUCAAGGAGGCAAUUCAGAAACUUGGCCUGAGGCACAAGGAGCACAUAGCUGCCUAUGGAGAAGGGAACGAGCGCCGCCUCACCGGGCGCCAUGAGACUGCUGAUAUCAACACCUUCGUUUGGGGAGUAGCGAACCGUGGGGCAUCGAUUCGUGUUGGACGUGACACUGAAAAGUCUGGCAAAGGUUAUUUCGAAGACCGAAGGCCUGCUUCCAACAUGGAUCCUUAUGUUGUCACUUCCAUGAUCGCAGAGACUACCAUCCUUUGGAACUCAGCUUAAUUGCAAGUGAUCAGCUGUUUGUGUCUCAUUUCUGCUGGAUCUUUGCCUGUGGGGUUGGUUCUCUUGCAUUGCAUCUGAUAGUUCGGAGGGAAUGAUUGCCUUGUGUUGAAGAUGAGGCACGAAAUUUAGAUUGAGUUGGACUCGAUCCAUUUUCCUGCCUUAGUUGUCGCUUGUUGUUCCAGUUAUAUCAGUAAUAAAAGUACAUUACCAGCAGAGAUGAAACUGUGUCACUGUUGGAAGUGGAUUGUUUGAUGCUUUUUGUUGGGCUGAUGAUCCCUUUGUUUUAAUUUAUUCUUCUCUAAAUAAAUGUAGAAUUUAUCAUUA